CUGGCAAAAGGCCACGGAGAGUACCGCGAGAUCACCCAGGACGAGUUCUUGAAGGAGGUCACGGGCAGUCCCUUGGUGGCUGUGCACUUUUACCACCGGGACUUUGAGCGCUGCAAGAUCAUGGACAUGCACCUGGCAAAGCUGGCAAAGAGCCACAUCGAGUGCAAAUUCCUCAAACUGAACGCGGAGAAGGCCCCGUUCUUCGUCGAGAAGCUCGUGAUCCGCGUGCUGCCGACGGUCGUGUGCUUCAAGGACGGCGUGGCGUUCCCGGACCGAGUCGUCGGCUUCGACGGUCUCACGGAGGACGAGGAAGAGGCCGAGCUGGCAAACUUUGGAUCCCGGUCGAACCACCACGCCACGUCCAGUGACAACUUCCCCACCGCUGCCGUACGUUGA